AUGAGGCUCUUCCUGUCGCUCCCGGUUGUGGUGGUUCUGGCGAUGGUUUUGGAAGGCCCAGCCCCCGCCCAGGCGGCCCCCGAAAUCUCCAGCACUUUCGAACGCAUCCCGGAUAAGCUGAAGGAGUUUGGUAACACCCUGGAGGACAAGGCCCGGGCUGCCAUUGAGACCAUCAAGCAGAGCGACAUUCCUGCGAAGACCCGGAACUGGUUUUCUGAGACUUAUAACAAAGUGAAGGAGCGGCUUAAAACUGCCUUCUCCUGAACCCCAGGAGAGUCGCCCCCCUCCUCUGGGCUCUGUGCCCCGGAGGGGGCUCCGAAAUUUCCUGUAUCCUGCUCCUGCUGAGGACUUCGUGCUGCCCAAACCCAUCCCACCCUCCAAUAAAAAUCCGUGGAGAA